UUCCUCCCUGUGUGUAUGUGUUGUGUUGAUUGUUGCUCCUCUUUGUGCUCCUCCUGCAGGUCAGCCCUACAACCAGCUGGCCAUCCUGGCCUCCUCUAAAGGAGACCACCUCACCACCAUCUUCUACUACUGCCGCAGCAUCGCUGUCAAGUUCCCUUUCCCAGCAGCCUCCACCAACCUGCAGAAGGCUCUGUCCAAGGCUCUGGAGAGCCGCGAUGAGGUGAAAGCCAAGUGGAGUGUGUCGGAUUUCAUCCGGGCCUUCAUCAAGUUUCACGGUCACGUCUACCUGAGCAAGAGUCUGGACAAGCUGGACGUCCUGAGGGAGAAACUGGAGGAGCAGUUUCAGAGGCUGAUCCUGCAGAAGGCAUUCAGUUCUCAGCAGCUGGUCCACAUCACCGUCAUCAACCUGUUUGAGCUCCACCACCUCAGAGACCUGACCGCCGACGGUGGAGAACAGAGCUACAGCAGCGAGCAGCAGGUCAGCUGGUUCCAGCUGCUCGGACUCUUCAUGUCCUUCCUGGGUGUCAUGUGCAGCCGUGCUCUGCUCAACAAGAACCGAGGAGAGGAGAUCAUGGGGGAGUGUCCUCUGCCGGCCAUUAAAGUGUCUCUGGACUGGCUGAAGCUGAGACCCAGCGUCUUCCCCGAGGCCGCCGUGGACCAGAGGCAGCAUAUCUGGCCCUGGCUGGUCUCCAUCCUCAACAGUUUCCAGCCCAAAGAGGACGACGUGUCCUGUUCCUCAGCGACACCCCUUCCAGAGGAGUUUGAGCUGCAGGGUUUCCUGGCGCUCCGGCCUGCUCUGAGGUCCCUGGACUUCACUAAAGGUCAUCAGGGCAUCCUGGUGGACAGGGACGGCCUGCCGGUCCACACUCGACAUCAGAGACUCAUCAGUUUGGGCAAAUGGGUGGCUGACAACCAGCCAGGGCUGAUCCAGUGCAGGGUGAGCGAAGACGGUCUCCUCGUCUUCAUCACCGACAUUCCAGAGCAGGCGGUCGAGGAGCCCCAGGAGAAGGAGGCACCGGUGCUGCAGGAGUCGUCCAACGCCGAGCAGCUUCCCAACGACGGCGGGAACUCCGGCCUGAAGUCGGUGCUGUCGGCGGGGAAGAGCUCGCAGAGCUCGUGGCCCGACGGCGGCGAGCGACCCGUCGUCACCUUCAAGGAGAACAUCAAACCCCGAGAGCCGGCACGCAGCAAUCACCUGAAGGACAGCGGCAAGGAGCGCCGGGACUUCGCCAAGGGCAACGGGGCUCCUGGGAAAGGAGAGCUGAAGAGGGAUGGGAAGAGGAAGAGCGACCUGAAGAAGACCAGCCACGAGAAAAGUGCUGACGCUGGAAAACAGGUGAAGGCGCAGACGGAGCUGAGGAAGACUCCGGUGUCUGAGGCCAAGAAGAGUCCCGUCACUCAGACUACCUGCUCCUCCCAGUUCAUCCCAAUCCAUCAUCCUGGAGCCUUCCCACCACUGCCCAGCAGACCUGGUACACACACACACACACACACACACACACACACACACACACACACACUUUCACAGAUUUGAUGUCACAUG